CUCCCAAUAUCCGCCGCUACCACUGCGCAGCACAACACAACCCACUUCUCAAUCCCACUCUUCACGAAAAACGCAAAACCCAUCAUCGCCACCUUCGUCAUCGUAGACGUCCUCCGUCUUCUCCACAGCCAUGGAAGAGAAAGAGAAGACCAAAAGCAAGAACAAGAAGCAGAAGCACCAACACCCCAACGACCAAUCCUCUAAAUCCUCCUCCGAUUUCUCCUUCAAGCCCUGCUCCGACGUCAAGGGCCUCCGAUUUGGCGGCCAAUUCAUCGUCAAAUCCUUCACCGUCCGGCGAGCCAGACCCCUCGAGCUCCUCAAACUCCUCUCUUACCCACCCGACCCGAAAGACCGCCAUCACAACGAUAAGCUUCUUCCCUUCCCUUCCACCACCGCUUACUUGCCCACUAACUUCACCAUCCUCGCCCACCAAGCUUGGAACACCCUCACGCUCGGCCUCGGCACCAAAAAAUCCAAAGUGCUUCUCUUCGUCUUCGAUUCUGUAACCAUGAAGGCCGCCGUGGAUCGGACCUGGCCCUCCGAGAUCCCUCUCGGUGAUGUAAACAAGAAGCUCAUUCGAGGCCUUUCUGGUUGCGAGAUGGCCAGGUUUAAGUUCAGAAAAGGAUGUGUUACUUUCUAUGUCUACGCCGUUCGCCGUAUCGGAAGCUUCGGAUUCUCCUCGUCGGAAGAUCUCCGAACGAUUCUGCAAUCCGUUGUUGCUCUUAAGGAUUUCUUGGAUCAUACUGCCAUGCUCGCCAUGCCUCAUCAGAGAACCAUUCGUUAUCAAGACGCCGUAGCCAUGGCUCACUAGCUUCCGCCAUCAUAGUCUUCCUCUUCCUCCUCCUCACCGCUCUACUGUUAGCCUUUUCUUGCGUAGCUUUCUUUUUCACCAAAAUCAUAUUUCGUUCCCAUCAAAUAGGUAAAUUUCUCAAGUUGGUCCCCAUGAAUCAUUUUUUCAUUUUAGUCCUUCAAUUGUUAAGAUUUUGCAAUAUAAUACCCUUUCCUCA